UAAGCUGUUCUGAAGCUCGAACAAAGUCUACUGUCGACAGAUACAGCGCCAACAGAGAACAGGACAGCACUGCCUGGUACUAGAGACCGCCAUGAUCAGCCUCCAGCCCCUGGUCACCUUCCUGCUCGCCGCCGCAGUCAGCGCCCGCCAGGCCGCAGCCGGACCCCCCGUCUCCAAGCUGGGCACCGACUUCGGGAUCCGCCUGUUCCGGGAAGUGGCAGCGUCGGCCGGCAAGCGGAACGUGGUGCUCUCCCCGUACGGAGCGACAGCCCUGAUGGGGAUGGCUCAGCUCGGAGCAGCUGGGAACACCCUCAAACAGCUUUGGAGCAGCAUGGGAUACCAACUGAAAGACAAGGGUGUGCCACUGGCCCUGAGACAUCUCCAGAAAGAUCUGACCGCCAAGAGCAACCGUGACAUUGUCUACUCGGCCAACAGCGUGUUCAUCCAGAGGAGUAUGCAGCUCCCAGAUGCCUACCUGAAAAAUUAUCGCCGGGCAUUCAACGGCUGGCCCAAACAGAUCUACUUCCAGGAUGCCGCCAUGGCAACCUACCUCAUCAACAAAUGGGUGGAAAUACAAACCAGAGGCAUGAUCCCCAAAUUUCUCCGCCCAGAUGUGCUUGACCCAGUUCUGACCCGCAUGGUUCUGAUCAACGCCGUCUACUUCAAGGGGCUCUGGAAGCUGCCAUUCCCUAUUGAGGCCACCCACCAGCGGGUAUUCUACAAGGAGGAUGGCACUAAGAUCCUAGUGCCCAUGAUGUCGCAGAGCGCCAAGCUAAAUGCCAGCGAGUUUGUGACCCCCAGCGGCGUGGACUACGACGUGAUCGAGCUGCCCUACCACGGCGAGACCCUCAGCAUGUACAUCGUGGCGCCCUUCGACAAGAAGGUGCCCCUGUCUGCCCUCACAGACAUCAUCACCGCCUCGCUGGUCGACGAGUGGGCGCAAAGCCUUGAGACCGUCAAGCGCCAACUCGUCCUGCCCAAAUUUUCCCUGGAAAGUGAGGUGGAUCUGAGGAAGCCACUGAUGGCCUUGGGAAUAACGGACAUCUUUAACGCAAGAAAGGCUGACUUCAGCAAAAUUAGCACAAGCGAGCAACUGUUUGUGGCAAAGACUCUGCAGAAAGUCAAGAUUGAAGUCAACGAGAGUGGGACAAAGGCAUCGGCUGCCUCUGCUGCCAUCCUUUAUGAGCGCAUGGCGCCAUUCGAGGUUGUGAUCGACAGGCCCUUCCUCUUCUUAGUGCGGCACAACCCCACAGGCACCAUUCUCUUCUUGGGCCAGGUCAUGGAGCCGUAGAGCACAAUGCCAACUCUGAAAAGACAAUACUCAGGUAUCAUCUCUGUGGAAACCCACAUCGGAAGGUAGAAAAAAGAAACUGGAAUUAACUGAGAAACAUGUACAAUGAGGGAAGGAAGAUUUUUUUGGAAUCCGGGGAUGAUAUCAAUUUCGUGCCUGGAUCUUGCUCACAUUUAACCAGCUGUGACUUGAACUUCAGCCUUCAUUAGACUUCAUUUUCUAAUCCACGGUCACACGAGUAAUCCCCAUUCAUUGCGAAGUCUCGCUGCAUCCAAUCACCAGCCACUCAGAACAUCUGAUGCCAUCUCAGUUUGGAAUGGCAUGCGUGCCUGGUUCCAGCAACGCAACCCUUCCUCCUCCUUCCUCUCCAAUGGUGCAUUGAAUCCUGACAUCUCCCCAACCAACUUCGCUCUGAGUGGAAAUACCCCCCAAUAACCUUUGCCCUUGAUCACUGUGGCACUUGGGCCAGUCGCUUGUCACCUUUAUCGCACAGCCCACCCCAACUCAAGUUACACUCCAGUCAAAGGGCACACAGCAAGAUCCCACAUAACCAUUAACGAGCUAGUCAAGCGACUUGGGUUGAGGGGUAAACGUUGACCAAUGCACCCCAAUGAAGACGAUGCUGGCAUUUCUACAGCUAGCCCUGAGUUCAGUCAGGACGGACGUGGGAUGCUUUUGGUUUGAAUGAACUCGGUUACACCCUGAAUGGCCCACUUGCAUUUUUGCAGGAAGAGGUGUGUUGUGACAUCCCUAGACUAGCCUCCUCUUCCACCCCCCUCCUCUCUGUGAGGGAAAUAUCACACUGGGAGAGUGUGAGGAGAUGCAAAAUUGCAUGUCACCACACCCUGUAACACAAAUUUGGAGACCAUUAAUGGACUAUCACACUCACCCCACCCCCCCCUUUAAAUUCCAUUCCAUAUUCCCCUCCAUGUCAAUUUCCAAUUGUCAUCUGUCAGUUCCUACCCUGUGUCAAGAUUCUAUGUUAAUUUCCGCACCGUUGAGGGAGGAGAGGUUGAAAUGCUGGGGGACCAGCUAUCUGCUUGCUGACUGUGAAUGUGCAGGAUGUUUCCAUUCUUACUUACACAUAUAUCUGUAUACCAAAACUUGCACUGUUGCUUCACUUUGGAAAAUAUGAAACCUCAUCAUGUAGUUUGUAAUAUAUUUUCAGAUCUGUGUAAUUUAUUUCUUUUGACUUUAGAAAUUGUUUUGUAUUUAAAUAAAAAAAAAGCUCAAAGGUGGAGUGGGAGCAUUGAGGAACGAG